AGAGAGAGAGGCACGCACACACACGCGUGCGCGCACACACACGUAUAUCGUGGCGCGUUUGCGGAGCGCAAUCUCGCUCGGCACCGCACAGCUCCGCAGAGACGAAACGGCCGAAGUUUGGAGCGGACGAGACGGACGGGACGAGACGCGCCUCGCCGCCACCGUUUGUCCCGGUCGGUCAUCGUCGGUCAUCGCACGUUGUCGGAGUCAAUUCGUCGUACGGAGAAGAGAGGGAGUCUCUCGCCGCGUCCUCGUUCGCUCCCGCGCCUUCGAUACAGAAGUAUCGGACAUUCGGGGAUUAUAUCUACAUCCUCGGGGUUGUCGCUGAUAUAUUUUCCCGAGAGGAGACAAGAGACUGCGAAGUUGACCACCUGCCGGGAAAGCAUGGAGAUAUCAAAGAGCCUGACGGAAGAGAUCGUCCGGGUGCAACUCAAAUUGCAGGACGCGAUAGUCGAGCAUCAGAUGGAGAUGAACAAAUUGGAAACUGAUCCGAAUAACCCAGACAUUCUCGGUCAGAUGAAAAGGAUUCAGGUGUACAUUUAUUCUUUGGGGAAAUGCCAGAAUCAAGUCUUGCAGCGGCUGCGCACAGAGAUAGAAGCGUUCGAGGCAGACAACGCAAAUGUAUUAAAAGUUUCCAUAGCGGCUCUCUUGGGCCUGAAUAACAAUCAUAUUACGAAUAACAACGAGACGAAGCAUGAAACGGCCGCCAAUGGUUUUGAACCUUCAAAGGAGGACUAUGAAGAAGUUGUCAGAAAUGGCGAUGUUCAUCAUUCACCGACGCAAGAUAACGAUUGCGUAAAAUUACCUAGUCCUAGCUCAGUGGAAACUAUCUCUGGUGAAGACGACGUCGUUGCGGUGUUGAUGGACGAAAAUUCCGAUGAGAAGCAAGAGGAAGAGAAGCAAAAAGAACACAAAAUUGAAUCAACGGAAAAGAACUUCCUCAGUUGCCUUGGGCUUAUUACUCAGGAAAGAUGUGCAGAACUUCAAAACAGAAGAGUGGAAAGGAAGCGUCGUAGCACGGCAAACCCGCAUUAUGUAUAUACUACCUUUAGCCAACAACCGUCUAAGCGGAGGAGAUUAUGUCCAUACUUGCCAUCGGAAAAUGCGCCUCACACUCGGCAAACGACUGCUCGCAUGAACGGUCCGUCGCCACCACCUAACAAAACUCAGCCAGCCAAAUCUACCUCGCCACCGGUACAAACGGUAACGUCGAAGUCACUGAUUCCAGUUCAAAAAUCCACCACCAGGCCAAAUAUUCUCAGAAACGCAGACAGUAAAGUUUUUGUGAACAAAAAUAAGAUAGAAGACAACCAAAUGCGAUCUAUAUCUAGUGCCAAAUCUGUUCAGCCGAUAAGCAAUAAGGCUGUUCAUAUUGCUGGAUUACCAUCUAGCUUGACCAUCGAAAGAAUCGGGAGGGAACAUGGCAUUUGUAUUUGUUGUAGAAAUCCAGAUUCAUUAUCAGUAUGCAGAAAUUGCUCAAGUACCUAUCACGUCUCAUGUCAUACUCGAGUAAUGGUUCCAAUCAAGACCUGCCCAAGAUGUGCAUUAAUAACGGAUGGGGAAGACGGCAUCAUAAAAGACGCGGAGAUUAAGAGACAAGCAGAACCAGAGAACAAACUUCCGCGCUAUAAAAAGAACGAAAAAUUUGCUGCAACAGCGCAUGCGUCAAGAGCUAUUGGGAAAGCAAGAGAAAACUCAAAAGUCUAUAAAACGGUUGGUGGACUUCAUAAAAUUGGUGCAGCUAAGAAAAAGCGCGUCCUCUCCACCACCUUCGGCGUCAACCACCUGCCCGCCUCAACCUUCCUCAUCCCAAUCACCGCAAGCAAUACCUCUACUACAAACGCCGAGCAAUCAGAAGGCAGUAAUUUCAUCGAUAUCGAACAACGACAAAACAUCAAACCUCGCAACUACCCUUGCAUCGUCGAUCAACAUCCACGAUCGAGCUUCACCUACAUCAAAGCAGAUGAGCAAAGCAUGUCGCAGCCCCACCAGGUGUCCAGCAACACCACCAGUCAAUCAGAAAAACACCAAUCAUAUCUCAUUGUCAAGAAAAUCACCGAAUCAGCUGGAAGGUCCGAUCAGCCUUCUAGCAGUGAAACCGAAGACCAAAACCGCUCCGCAAUUUUCAACUAUCAAUUGCCGCUCAGUGGCAGCUCUACCCUUCAGGCCGGCUUCCACUCCCUCCACUCCUUGCUCUACGAUAAUAACAUCCGCAAGAAACAAAACAAUCGCCCAGCUUCCCUCACCUGUGUCACCGUACCCAAAUUGUCAAAUUCUCUUAACCCCGUCUCGAACGACUAUCAACUGGAUCGAGCGACCCUCAACGGCAGAAAGCCCUGGGCCAAACUCUCAGGUGGCAAACUCUGUGUCAAUCAGUCAAGCAGAUCAGAAACCUUAUUGCCUUUCUACGGUGACGCGGAGAACAGCAACGAAUCAAAGUCAAUCGGACCAGCAGAGGAAGCAGCAACAGCAAAGAAUCUCGACGGUCGUAGCAAGCACGGGUCAAGAUCCGGCGUUUUCAUCCACUCACUGUUCCCAAGCCAUAAUAAGUCCUAUACCAUCACCGGUCGUUCACGUGAGUCACGAAGCCUCGGCUCAAACGACCGAGACUAUCCGCUCCUGCGACAGCAGCUCUGCCGUGCGGAACACGAGCUGGAAUCGCGCGAACAGCCAGACACCAAGCCAGCAGCAGUCCAGCUCCAGCGGCGCGCCCUCACGAGGUUCUUUGAGCACGUGAAAUUGGAAGAAGCGCAUAUAUCAGCGCCACUUGGAACAAAGCUAGCACACAAGGACGGUGUUGGCGAUGAAGAAGCUGUCCGGGAAGACGCACCCAUCCAACGAUACGAUGACGAUGAUGCCGUUGCUGAAACUCCACUGUUGACAUCGUGCGACGACUUGGACGAGGAUCGCUUGGACGAGGAUCGCUUGGACGAGGAUCGCUUGGACGAGGAUCGCUUGGACGAGGAUCGCUUGGACGAUGGCUUUCCGUGGGUAGAGCGCGAUACGAUCUCGGAAAAUUCUCACGACGAUAACGUCGCGGACAAGUCGCCCGUCCGUUCUUCGGAUAUAACUUUGGCAAAGCCCUCCGACGAUUUCUCCGACCAAGAUGAGUUCGCUUUCCAACAGACUGAGCAUGAUUAUCCGGCGGCGAGCGUCCUUUCAAUUAACACCUAUCACGCGAGGCAACAGCAGGACAACGAGACGACGGCGGUGCUGCGUAUCGCACAAAGCAAUCUUUCGGAUCUUCAUAACGAAGUCUCAGUUCCUGACGAUAAGGCUGACACCGAGAGACAAGACUUACCCAGUGGUAGGCGAUCGAGGAGCAGAAGCAGAAGCAGUAGCAGUAGCAGCAGUGGCCAUAGCGACACUCCGGAACAAGCGAUGAACGCGAAUGAUUUCUCGGACGAAUUCGAAAUUCUGGCCCUUGGUAUCGUCUCUCCGCAGGAAAAGAGGGAGGAGUUGAGGAGGCACGAGUCGGCUACGGCGAGUGAAACCGACGCAGUGACGCCGCCACUGGCUAGAUAUAAUUAGGCUAAUUACGUUGACAUUAACGUUGUUGAUCGUGUGCAUCGGGUUACUCGCGCACACGAGGUAUCUCGACGACACGUUUGUAACUUCUCUGAAUCAUAGCAAUUGUGUCAGUAUACGAUUCACGUUGUAUCCUAGAAAUAUUUUACAACGUACAGUUUAGCGACAUCCUGGAAAGUUUUUUUAUGCGAAACGUCAGCAUGAUCGCGUAUCCGCAUCUCCAACUGUAUCGUGGCCUAUCAGGCGUAGGGUAAAAAAAACAUUAUUCCUACAAAUAAUUUUUACCUCUUAAUAGAUCUUUUUAGAGCUCGCUCGAGAUGGUUUUACGUGAUUGAAAUAAUAGAUCACUCGAGACGAGACACUUUUCAUAAAACUAUAUUUGUCUUUAUUUCCAUAUUUAUAUACAAUUAUUGAAAUUCUUUUUUGAAAAAAAGUUGCACGCGCAAUUAUUUCUUUCAGAGCAAAUUGAUUUCUUGCGGAAUGCGAUAUCGAAAUCAAUUGCAUUACUCUGAUAAUAAUAUUGUUAUUUGAAAAAGUGAUGAUCUCUUCAUAUUUAGUGACGAAUGAUUUGCGAUAAGAGAAAAUUCGUUUCAUGUACAAUCGGUAGACAUAUGUUCUCUUUAUAUUUUUGUGAUCCUGCGACUAGAGAAACGAGCACAUAUCCGAGAUGUCGCAAUUACGUCUAGUAAGAAAAGACGCGGAAGGAAGCCUAACUAUAUUACGUAAAUCAAGUCACAUUACCAUACUGCCUUAAUAGUGAUGUAAAAGUGGUACUUUUUAAAAACCGGUAAUCGAAGAGUUGUACGCAUCACGAUAAAAAAAAUGCGUAUCACGACACAAUCGAUGAUCGGUGAUCGAAAAUGAACGAUCACAACAAUACGAUUAAUCAAAUCCUCGUUACCAUAACCGAAAGCAUUAGAGUUUAAGGGCAAUUGUCCAUAAGUUUCAUAAAGCGACGCGGUAGAAAUAGGUAGACUUAUCUAUUUCUUACGAAAGUCGUAUCCUUGCCGCGAAAAGAAAAAGAGAAUGAAAGAGCGAGAAAGAAAGAAUGGAAUGUAUGUGUGUAUGCGUAUUCGUAAGCAAUUACUACGUUUUGAAUUACUACGUUACGAAGAAAAAUUUGACGAUAUUCGAAUGUUAGUUAAUUUUAAUUUGUUUAUAGUUGUUUUCCAUCUGGGUAGAGAUUAAAGCUGUGAUUUUUUUGCAGCGUUUUACCUGCAAAAAGGGGGACCGAAGGAUAAUCCGUUUGACAGAUGCAAUUAAUUGAUUAUGAUGAGACGUAUCGAUGACAUUAUUAUUAUUAUUGGCUAAAAUUAAGUUAUACAAGUCCAACUAUUUAUUUCGCGUUAAUAUAAAUUUUCGCCAAGCAUCAUCGCUAGCUUGCCCAAUUACGAUUAUAACUAAUGUAUAAAAUUAAUUAAGGAAAACGUUGUUAUGCAAUGUAGGCAACGAGAUAUUGAGAUCGAAAUUCGUAUUUUUUAUGGAAUAAAAAAACAUUCAAAACCAGCA